UCUGCUGAGCUGGGUUGAAUGUUUACAUCCUGAGAAUCAUAAUUUGUGAUAAUUUGCAUAUCAUUCUGUCACAAUAGUCUUCUAAAUUUAGAAUAGAGAAAUAUUAUUCAUUUUUUUUUUUGCAAAGUAUACUUCUCCUUAUAUUCAAGAAUAUUCCCAAAUAGUUAGCAGUAGAAAAAAAAGUGUUAAAUUUGUGUUUUUUCAUCAUAUUUCAAACUAAAUUAAAAGGUUCUAAGAAAAAGCCUUCAAAAUGAAAAUAACAGUAACAACGUUGAGCGAUGUUAUUUUUAUUUUAGAUGUAAGUGAAGAUUUGGAGCUGGAAAAUUUCAAAGCAUUUUGUGAAGUUGAAAGUGGCCUUCCAGCACAUGAAAUUGUUAUUAUGUUUAACGGUCGACCUUUAAUGGACGAUAAAAAAUCAUUGAGACAACUCGGUAUAAAUGACGGUGAUGUUGUGAUAAUUCAACACAUGCAUCAAAGUAGUAGAGCUGAUUUAAAUCUACAUCCGUUCAAUGCUUCUAUUCCUGUAUUAGACUUUAGUUCUAUAAGGAUACCGGGAGCGUCAACAAGUCGAGUCGCACCAAGUACAAACAACAUCUCAGCACAAAGAGUUCAAAAUCCUCGCAGUGAAGACGAUCCUUCAAUGAUUCGAGAUAUGGUUUUGGCAAAUCCCGAUCAAUUGGCAUUAUUAAAGCAAAAUAAUCCCAGAUUAGCUGAUGCUUUAUUGUCAGGGAAUCUUGAAAGAUUUGCGACCGUACUGAAGGAACAAAUAAAGCUUCGAGAAGAAAGACAAGCACAAAGACAAAGAAUGAUGAAUGCGGAUCCAUUGGACACUGAAACACAACGAUUAAUUGCAGACGAGAUACGACAGAAGAAUAUAGAGGCUAAUAUGGAGGCUGCUAUGGAAUAUAAUCCAGAAACUUUUGGCACUGUUGUCAUGUUGUACAUCAACUGUAAAGUUAAUGGAUUUCCAGUAAAAGCAUUUAUCGAUUCAGGGGCGCAAACUACAAUUAUGUCGGCAGCUUGUGCUGAAAGGUGUCACAUAAUGAGAUUGGUUGACACGCGAUGGGCGGGAAUUGCGAAAGGUGUUGGUGUCCAACGAAUUAUUGGAAGAAUACACAUGGUACAGAUACAAAUCGGUAAUGAUCAUCUCACAACAUCAUUUAGUGUAUUAGAAGAGCAACCAAUGGACAUGUUGCUUGGCUUAGACAUGCUCAAAAGACAUCAAUGCUGUAUUGAUCUCAAAAAAAAUGUUCUAACUAUUGGAACCACUGGAGCCGAGACAUCUUUUCUUACUGAAGGAGAACUUCCAGAGUGUGCAAGAUUAAGUGGUAAUAAUGAUGAUGCUUUUGAUGAUAGAGAUCUUCAAAAAGCUCUCGAAGAUAGUUCCAGAGAAGCAGGUAAGCUUCAGAUGAGUGGCCAAAGUAGGGCUAAUUCUUCAAGUGCUUCUAGUUUAUCAAGUUCAGAAAACAUUGUACUUCCACACGAUCCAUUCACGGAAUCUACAGUCGUUGAAAUUGAGUCUCUAGGUUUUACUAGAGCUCAAGUAUUAGCAGAACUGCGUAGAUUAAAUGGAGAUAAAGCUCAAGCCACUGCUGCUCUCUUUGCGAAAUCAUUAAAAUUUUAAAUUCUAAUCUUACUUUACCAUGAGCUUAUGUUACCUACCGGUUUUUGGCGCAUUAUUAAUUAAUUAAUUAAUUAAUUUUCUGUUACUAUAUUAUAUUUUAUUUUAUUUUAUUUUUAAAAUCUAACUACCAACAUUAGGAGAGAGACUUUACUUACGAAUUUUUUAUUCGUAAGUAGCUAUUAUAAUUUUGGUGGAAAUAUAAUUCUUGAAUAAUUAAAUAUUCAAGUUUCAAAAAUAAAAACAAAACAUUUACAAGACUUUAAAGAAUAAUACAAAAAAUAAAUUUGUAUUAUGGUUAAUGAAAGACUUGAAAUUAGAAUUCUAAAGGUUUCAGUGCAAAUUUAGAAAUUAUGUUAAUGCUAAUUACGUGUGAAAAUUUAUAAAAAUAACUUAGUUAUUAUUAAUAACCAUAUGGCAUUUUAUAAAAAUUGAAAUAAUUAAUAACAAUUAUAAUCAAUAGUGAACGUGUCAUAAUGAAAUACUGGGAAUUUAUAAGAAAAAUACACAUAUUUUAUUACAAAUUUCAUGUAUUUUUGCAUUUUCUUCAUUGAAGGACCUUCAAUCAAUGAAGGUUGUAAUGGAAAUUAAUAACGUGAACCUAAAUUUAUCCACCUUGACCCAUUGAAAUUUAUUAAUAUUGUUUCUAUUUUUCAAUUCAUUAUCGUCGCUGUAUCAUAAAGUUUUGAAAAUAUUUCAUAGAUAACCAAAUUUGGAAAUUUCUACAAAUGUUAUAUUAUGAGCAAUAUAAAUACGUUCCUUGUUUUGUAUAAUUUUUUCUCACAAUAAAAAAAAAGUAAUAAUAACCUCUGUAAA